AUGGUGGAGGCAGUGGAGGUGGUUGUGCUUGACGGUUCUAGUGUUGGUGGCAAUGGAUGGUGGGAGAUGGUAGUUGUAGAGAAUGUGAAGAUGGUGGAUAGUAGUGGUGGUGGUUGUCGACAAUGGUGGGGAGGUAGUUAUGACCGAUAUGGUGGAGGUAGUGGUGGUGGUUAUGGUGGAGAUGGAGGUGGUGAGGGCCGAUGGUGGUCAGUGGUCGACGAUUAUUGUGGAAGUGGUGGAGGAGGUUGUUGUAGUAGAAGAGGGUGUGGAGGUGGCCGAGGGUGGCACUACCUGGUGCGGCAACCGCAACUUCCAAUGGAUGGCCGAAAGUAG